CUUCAGUUCGACACUGAACAAGACACUCAGAUGCCAGAUUUGUUGCGUUUGUAGCACGUAUCCCCGGUCAGGUUCAGUUCGGAAGGAAUGCUAAAUAAUAUUUCAUUGUAUUGACAGCUCAACUGUAGCAAGCCGCUUCAAAUACAGCGGAGAAUUACAAUGGAUUCUAUCAGGAGAAUGAGGAGUGGCAGCCGUGCUAAUUAAACAGUAGCUAGUUCCUAAAUUAGCUGGCAGGAGAUGGAAGCUAAGCGAGUUCUGUAGCCUCCAUUCCUCCGCGGGAAACCCAUUCCAAUGUUAGCUAACUUAAUGUUAAUAAAUAACCCUGUUAGCAUCGGAUGAUCUGCCGCAUCCCUGUCUGUUAGCUGGUAUAUCUAACGUUAACGUUACAGAGGAGCUUAAGCGAUGGAGGAAGUUGACAAAAUUUUGAUUCACGCCCUCAAACAAGUCGGCACAGACGUGAGCGAGGAGACUGACAGUGUCAGACAGUUCAGCAGUGAGCUCAUAGUGGAGGCGGUGGUCAGAUGUAUCCGGGUGAUCGAUCCGGGCCUGGGCAGCGCGCUGCCCACCUCCCUGCCUCCAGGCAUGUCUGCCCGCUUCAGGGUGGGCAUGAGCCUGGCACAGGCCUGCCAGGACAUUGGUUACAAAGGAGAGAUAGGCUACCAGACCUUUCUGUACAGCAGUGAGCCAGAGAUCCGCUCCCUGCUCAUGUUCCUGGUGGAGAAGCUGCCCAGAGAGAGUUCAGAGGCCUCAGACCAACCAACAGGUAAAUCGGUAGUCCUCCAGAGAGCCAUCGCUGCUGCAAUCAAAGCCCAGCUGGUUGUGCCCUGGCUGCCUCCAAACUGCAGACUGCCACUGCACGGUGAAACACAAAGACCAGGAGCACUACACAGCUUCCAUGUCCAGCCUCUCCGUUUACCACACUGCACUAAAGGUACAGGAAAGAAGCAGCUGAAAGAGGUGAAGGACUACCAGCGAGACAUUCUUCCUCCUGUGACCGCUCAGCCUUCCCAUCAUGCCACUGUGGUGGCAUCCAUACUGGAGCAGCACACAGCUGAGCUGAGUGCUGCUCAGGUGUGGGACAACGAGUGGAACAGUCAGGGACUUUUGUCUCGCCUAACACCGCAGGAGUAUCGCUCCAGGAAACUGACCCGGCUGCGUAAACGUGUCGAGGAGCAGCUGCGUUGUGCUGCACUGCCCUUUCCUGAAAGUGCCUUUGGUGGUCCUCGCUUCACCUCUGACCUGUCUGAGUUACUGCAAGCCUUUAGAGGUUCCGCCCCCUCCGAGCACAUCCUGACCAAGGGCACCCACUUCGCCCACACACAGAAGUUCACCUUCACACAGCAGGCAGCAGCAGGAACCAGCCCUGUCCCCUCUGGCCGUCAGUCAGAGAGUGAUAUCCAGCUCCGUCAGCAGGAGGAGCAGCUUUCUCUCCAGCAGCAGUUCCAGCAGUUGUGCAGUAAUGUUGACCAGAUAACAGCAGACAUGAAGCACAUGAGUGUCACUAAUGCACAAGUGCUGGAUGAGCUGAAGCAGAGAGAGCUGGGGAACUCUGAAAAAGAGGAGAAGAUGCAAGUGAAGAAGAAAACAAUUGACCUGUUGCCAGAUGCAGAUGACAACCUGCUGAAGCUUCAGGCUCUGGUGGAGGCCAGUGCCAAGCGGGUGGUGAACCUGGCCUCUCAGUGGGAGAAACACCGCGCUCCACUCAUCAACGAGCACCGCAGACUCAAAGAGAUCUGCAGCAACCAGGAUCUGGAGUCAUCCAGAAAGCUCUCUGAAAUCAAGUCCCUGCAUGACAAAAUCCGUGUGUCUACAGAGGAGGCCAAGAAGAAGGAAGAAAUCUACAAACAACUGGUAACAGAGUUAGAAAGUCUUCCUCAAGAUGUGUCUCGGUCAGCAUACACUCAGAGGAUUCUAGAAAUCGUCAGCAACAUCAAGAAACAGAAGGAGGAAAUUACAAAGAUUUUGUCAGACACUAAGGAGCUCCAGAAAGAGAUCAACAAUCUGACGGGAAAACUGGACCGGACCUUUGCUGUGACUGAUGAACUGGUCUUCAAGGAUGCCAAAAAAGAUGAAUCCGUCCGCAAAUCCUACAAGUACCUGGCUGCCCUGCAUGAAAACUGUAAUCAGUUGAUCCAAACCAUCGAGGACACCGGUACAAUCUUGAGAGAGAUUCGAGAUCUAGAGGAGCAGAUCGAGACAGAGAACAGUAGCAAAACUGUGGCUAACCUGGAGAGGAUUCUGGAUGACUACAAAGCUAUUCGACAGGAGAACACUGCACUUGCUGCCAAAGUCAGAGAGGGCUGAAGGAAGCCCUGGUUUGCUCAGCUCUACCUGGUGAGGUGGAAAUUGUGAUUAAAAACAAGGAGCCAUGUGGACCUGAAUGGGACUGAAACAGCGCUCCAGUUUUCACACUGAAGAACUGAAUGAACUGCUGUUCAUUAACUCAACCCUCUGUGGCCCUUGGAGACCUGCUUUUCUUUGGAAAGGCAACAAUAUUUUUGAACCAUUGAACUAACCUGGCAUUUAAAUGCACAACCUGUAUGGAUGGAUGAAGUGACAAAUAGUGUUUGAUUUCAAAAUUAUUUCUAAGGCUGGAUGUGCUCGCUGAGGAUCCAUGCACUGGUUUGAUUGUUCUUUGCCCAAGUGAAACACAGCAGUGGACAGCAGAGAGUGCUGUCAGGCCUUGUCUGAUCAAAGUCACAUUAUAUUGAUGUAUGAACAGUUUUCAUAAGAUAUAUUGAUGAAAAACAAAUCUUUGACUAGGAAUUUUUAAUAUGGGAAAUGAUUCCACCAUUUUCAGACAUUAGUUGUUUUCAUGAUUAUAUUUGAACCGAAUAUGUUGAGUGAAUGGCAUUUGAAUGUAGUCCAUAAACAAUGUUGUCCAGCUCCAUCAGCAAAGUAUUGUUGUAUAUGUUGUACCAGCUUAUAUAAAGAUGCCUUACAAACUUAAACAA